AUGAAAUCAAUUUUUAAAAAAAAAAUAAUAAAUUUAUUUAUAAUAUAUAUUUGUAUAAUUAAUUUUAUAAAUGAAAAAAAAAUAAAAGUUCAAAGUUCCAAUGUGGUUGAUACAGAUAUAAAUUCUUCAUCAAAUUUAAUUUUAAACUAUAAUAUCAAUAUAAAUAAUAAUAAUAAUAAUAAUAAUAAUUUAAAUAAAUUAUUUAAAAAUAAUAAUAAAAAUAAAAAAUUAAUAAUUGGUUAUAGUUUAAGUGAUGAUUUAAAUUAUUAUAAUAAUAGUAAUUAUAAUGGAUUUAAUGAUUUUAAUAAUAAAGAUAAAUAUGCUGGAUCAAUUAUAUGGGAAUCAAUUGAUAUAUUAUUAAUUCCAAGAGAUUUAAAAAAUUUAAAAGAAAUUAUAAAAAUAGCUCAUUCAAAUCAAGUUUUGGUUUCAUUAAUGGUAUCCUAUAAUGAAAUUCAAGGUUAUAAAUCAAUAGAGGUUAUGGAAACUUCAAUAGAUGUAAUAAUUAAUCAAAUUAAAGAAGUUGAAGCUGAUGGUGCAUCAUUAUAUUUUAAAUUUCCAGUUGAUAUAAAUUAUAAAUUAAAAAUUUUUAAAUUUAGCCAAGCAUUAAAAAGAAAUAUUGUAUCGUCACAUUUCUCAGUUUCAUUACCAUUAAAAAUUGGAAACUAUGAUGUUAAAUCAAUUUCAACAAAUUGUGAUUUCAUUAUGGUGAAUGCCUAUGACCUAGACUCAUCAUUCGAUUUGGCAAGACCAAAUUCAGAUGGAGUUGUCGUUAGAAAUGAAAUCUAUAAAUAUUGGAUAACUCAAAAAUUAAUUGAUCCUAAUAAAUUGAUAUUAUCAAUACCAUGGUAUGGUUAUCAAUUUAAAUGUAAUAAUAAUAAUAAUAAUAAUAAUAAUGAACCUUACAAUAUAUUUUUAAGUUCAUGUAAAAUUGAUUUAAAUUCAAAAAGAAAAGUUUAUUAUAAAGAUAUAAUUCAAUAUAAGAAUGGUUUGGGUAGUGGUUAUAAAACUUCAAUGGAACUUUGGAAUAUAAAUUCUAGAACUCCCUAUUUAAAUUAUCAAUUAGAUCAAAAUGGUGAUAUUUAUCAAAUUCAAUAUGAUAAUGCAAAGUCAACUUAUUAUAAAUUGGCUGAAACUGGUUUGUUAGGUUGUGCCAUUUGGAGAAUCGAUUCAAUUUAUGGAAUUCCAAAUGUUGAAGUUAGAAAUUUAUAUAAUUCAAUUGAUAGAUCAUUAUUUGGUAAUACUUUUAAUAAAGAUUAUCAAUUAUAUUGA